AUGCUCGUUGAAGGGACGAUCAUUUGUAGCCUCUUUGCAGCCGCAGUUGCAUCGUACACACCUUCGCCGUUCCUCCUACCAGAACCGUCAGGCCCAUUGAAAGUCCAAAGAGAAAUUUUCGAACUCACAGACUGGUCCAGGAAGGAUAUCAAUUCCACUCUCCCUCGUCGGUUGAUGGUUUCUCGAUUCAACCCUAUACCCGAGAAACACUGUCUUAAAACAGAGGAAGUGCCUACUUUCCCUCCCGCGACUGCAAAGCUGGAAGAUGCGAUCCUCCAGGAUGCCUUUGGCGGCCAAUGGGUGGACGGAUUGCUAGCCGCGUCCAGAAUAAGGGUAUGCACUCGUGUGAGGAAAGGGUAUCAAGAUUCUGAUUUCCGAGGCGAUAACCAUGGGUUCCCCAUUGUGCUGUUCUCCCCCGGAGUGAAUACAACACGACUCCUCUAUUCAUCCAUUGCACAAACCAUUUCCAGCGCCGGGUAUACAGUUAUAACCAUGGACCACCCACACGACACCGAUAUUGUUGAAUUCCUCAACGGAGACAUCAUUACCGGCGGAGCAGUUAGUAUCUCCAACCCCUCCACCCUGCCCUUCUGGACCGACGUGCGUGUUCAAGAUUCCAUUUUCGUACUGGACCAGGCCUUGAAGGGAUCCCCUCGCGCCCGCGUAGGGAUGCUGGGCCAUUCAUUCGGUGGCUCAGCCGUGCUCUCAUCCAUGGUUAAAGACGGUCGUAUCUCGGCUGGAAUCAAUUUUGACGGAGCGCUAUGGGGUCCUGCUGUUGACAUCGGCUUGGGAGGGAGGAAGAAGGCCCAGCCAUACCUGCAAUGGGGCGCGGAAACACAUAACAGACGAAAUGAUACAUCAUGGGACACGCUCUGGAAGGCCAUGGAUAGGCUUCACCCGCAUGCUUGGAAGAAGGAGAUUAGCAUACCUAACGGACGACAUAACACCUUUAGCGAUUUCCCGAUUAUUAUCGAUGCCAGCGGAUCAAGGGAUGUUAUUGACAAGACUAUCAUUGACCUGUUUGUAGGUGACAUACCCAGUGUGAGAAGCCUACAGUUUACCAAGGCGUAUGUGCAUGAUUUCUUCCGGUUUUCGCUCUUCGGGAAAGAUGGAGGGCUUCUCGAGGGGCCAAGUUCGGAGUAUCCUGAAGUCACCUUCUUGGACUAA